AUGCUGGGAAAUAACGAGCACUUUUAUCCCGGUCAGGAUGACAAAGAUGGGGAGGAUGAAGAGGAGGAAGAGGAGCAGGGCAGAGAAAACAGAAAAGGGGAAGAUGGACCUGACAUGGAGAAUGGAGGGUUAGAAGGUCUGGAGGAGAGGGAAAUGACGGGAGGACGACAGUCAUGGGAAGGGAAAGGCGGUGAGGUGGUGAAACCAGCAGCCAUUGUGGUCGGUAGACAGAGAGCAGACCGGCCACUGAGGCCGGGCAACCUUGGCAACCGGGGUAUUGCUACCAUGUCUAAUCAAGCCCAACUACAUCAUCAAGCAGCCAAUAAGCAUCUUAUUGGGGCCAAUCAGCAGACUCAUUACACAGGCCUGAAUGCGCUGCAGAAGAGACGAGCUCUCAUGGAACGCAGCAUGACCACAGUGGCUCCACUGGAGGACACUUACCUGAGCAUGAUGGUGUUCCGCAUUGGGAUCCCUGACAUCAAACAAACAAGGUGUGUCCAGUUUGACCCGGACUGCACGGUCUGGAACGCGAAGCAACAGAUCAUCUGCUCCCUCAGCGAGUCGUUGUGGGAUGUCUUUAACUAUGGCCUCUUCCAGCCGGCUGGAGAUGGACGGGAUGCCAAGUUCCUGGAGGAGGAGCGGGCCCUGCGAGACUACUCACAGUCCUUUGAGAAAGGGGUGCCUUACCUGGAGUUUAGGUACAAAACCAGAGUUUAUAAACAGACAAAUCUCGACGAGAAGGCUCUCGCCAAACUCAGCACAAAGGCCAGUCUGAAGAAGUUCCUGGAUUACAUUCAGACUGGAGCAGUAGAGAAAAUGGUAAAAGUCCUCGAUAAAGGUCUUGAUCCAAAUUUUCAUGACCCUGACACCGGAGAGAGCCCCCUCACUGUGGCUGCGCAGUCAGGCCUGGCGGUGGAGGGCAUCAGGGUGCUGGUUCAGGGCGGCGCUCAUUUGGACUUCAGAAGCAGAGAUGGCCUGACAGCGGUGCACAAAGCUGUCAGGGUUCACAAUCACACUGGGCUGUUGGCUCUGUUGUCACUGGGAGCGUCUCCAGACUACAAAGACCGCUGUGCUCUGACCCCGCUGUACCAUACUGUACUGGCAGGGGGCGACACUUCCUGCUGCGAGACCUUGCUGUACUACAGGGCAAGGCUGGGCACAAGGGACGAGAAUGGCUGGGACGAGUCUCAUCAGCACAGGGAUGAAGAGGAGUUUGGAAUGGAAGAGAUACAUAAGGCUUGCCAGAAUGGCUUUGCCCAGCACUUGGAGCAUCUUCUCUUUUAUGGGGCAGACACCGCUUCUCAAAAUGCCUCAGGGAACACUGCACUUCACAUUUCUGCGCUGUACAACAAAGAAAGCUGUGUCCGUGUUCUUCUGUACAGGGGAGCAAAUAAGGAGGCGAAGAACAAGCAUGGUCAGACCCCUUUUCAGCUAGCUGUAUUAUCUGGUAACUUUGAACUUGGAGAAAUCAUCAAAAACCACAAAGAUACUGACAUAGUGCCCUUUUUGGAAUCACCAAAGUAUGUUCCCAAGCGAAAAGAGAGCUCCCACACCCUGCCUCUCCCCUCGCUCCAUUCCCACCCCCUACUGCGCGCUAACAGUGAUAACACCAUGACACAGUCUGACCCUCUGGCUAUGCCCAACAAGGCUGCAACCAAUCCCAACCCGGGACAGGGCCAGCGCAGAGCCUCCAUUGGCAUGAGAAGCUCCAGCAGCCCCAGAACUCGUACUCGUUCCCCAUCAAGAGGGAGAGGAGGUCAGAGUGACACAGAGGAGAGGCACCGGCAGCCACGAGGCAGACAGGGUGCGACCUCAGCAGGCAGCGGGGGAGGUCAGAUGAAGCGUAUGUACAGUGCAGUGCCAGGUCGGGUGUAUAUAGCCACACGUGCCCAUUCUGCUAUGGGAGACAGAGAGCUCUCACUCAACAAAGGGGACAAAGUUAAAGUGUUAAGUGUAGGAGAGGGGGGAUACUGGGAGGGAACAGUAAAAGGUCGCACUGGCUGGUUUCCUUCAGAAUGUGUGGAGGAGGUGGCAGCUCCCAAUCGAGCAGAGACGCGCAGUGAGAAAGCCAAGAGGAAGCUUUUCCGUAACGUCACUGUGGGAGCCUACGAUGGUACUGAUGGCCCAAGUGACUACAUCAUUAAGGAGAAGACAGUGCUCCUACAGAAGAAAGACAAUGAGGGCUUUGGCUUUGUGCUUAGGGGAGCCAAAGCUCAAACUCCCAUAGAGGAGUUCACUCCGACGCCAGCCUUCCCCGCUUUGCAGUACCUGGAGUCUGUUGAUGAGGGGGGUGUGGCGUGGAGGGCGGGCCUGAGGAUGGGGGAUUUCCUCAUCGAGGUGAACGGCCAGAAUGUAGUGAAGGUUGGCCACCGGCAGGUGGUCAACAUGAUCCGACAGGGUGGCAACAGUCUCAUGGUGAAAGUUGUGAUGGUUGCUCGAAACCCUGAACUGGAGGACACUGCUCGGAAGAAAGCACCGCAGCAGACUAAAAGACUGACUCCUCCUGCCAUUGCCCUGCGAUCCAAGUCAAUGACAUCAGAGCUGGAAGACAUGGUGGACAAAGCUGCCUCUCCAUGGAAAAAGAAAGCAGAAUAUGAGUCCUCUCAGGGUCCUGAUAAGAAAAGGACAGUCUAUCAGAUGGCACUAAAUAAACUGGAUGAAAUCUUGGCUGCUGCCCAACACACUAUUACAUCAGACAACCAGGGCCAGAGAGGUCAUGGAGGCAAGAGGGACCGGAGCAAGAGUAUUGUUCCCAGUGUCUCCAAUGAGCCAACCUAUGAGCAACAAACAUCAGUGAAUAUGGUGCAGCCCGGACCAGGUUUUACCUACAACCAAGCUCAUUUUCAACCAGGCCACGGUCCUCAGCAUGCAGUCAUGAUGCGUCAAAAAUCUAUUGGUGUAACAGAGGAGGAGAGGCAGUACCUUCACCCACCUGCUAUGAAGCUGGCUCGUAGCCUGUCAGUGCCAGGACCAGAAGAAAUCCCCCCACCCCCUAACACAUCCGCCCCAGAACCGCCUUUAUCUGCGGGUCCUCAUCCUGGAAGAGGGCCUGCUAUGCCCAUACCCCCUGUAACUCAAGCCCAUUACCAGCUUCACUCCCAACCAGGGCAUCCUACUCAAGCAGGCUGGGAGAGGGGCGGACCUGGUGGGAUGAACCAGCAGGUCAUGGUCCCCACCCUCCGCAGACAAUCGGAUGGACUUUGCAUCAGGGAGACAGAGACACCCAGGAGAGGUGGUGGUAAAAUGGGAGCGUUAAGGAGAGGUUACAGCAGCGCUACGCCACCUACAAGUGCUAAGCCUAAGGCCCAACCGGCGCCGCCGCAUCAUCCACAUAUGGCCACGCGGGAGCAGGGAGGUGGGGUUGGCAGGGGGGCAACCAAGAGGGGCGGUCGGGGAGCUCUAAUGAAACAGUCUAAAGUAGAAGAUGGGUUGCGACAGCACAGAGGAAAGGGGGGUGCAGCCAAAGACAAGAGCUCCAUCCCCAUCCCCACCAUCAUUGUCAAAGCGCCCUCCACCAGCAGCAGUGGGCGAAGCAGUCAGGGUAGCAGCAUGGAGGCUGAGCCUCCGCAAGAUGCAGAGGACCAAACCUCUGCAGAUGCAACCCAAGACAGCUCCAAUGCCAGUCUACCUUCACCACUCACUCCCUUGCCACCUCAGCCACCCACCUCCACCUCCUUGCCUUCAUCAACUGUUGCCACUUCGGUUUCCUCACAGCAGAACCUGGAAAACUUUGACUACACUUCGACAUUCGGUACAGCCUUAGGAGGAGGAGGGGCACGCAGGGAAAGGGAACGUUUCCGAGAUAUGAGAAGAAAGAGUGCUUCUUUCUACCUCUCAUCUGAGGAGGACAUCCAAGGUGAGGCAGGCGGAGGAGCAGGGGAGGCAGGGGGAGCUCUAAGUACAAGAAUUCAGCCUUUACAGGGUUCACAAAUGGAAGUACCUACCCCUCGACUCAGACCCUCCAAGUCUAUAGAUGAGGGCAUGUUUUCUGGAGACAACUAUGUCAACUAUUCCAGCAGCAUGCCACCAGCCUUUGGCCUGCCUGAGUAUUCUUCCCCUGUCCUUGGCCAAGAUGGCCAACCCAAGUCAGCUCCAUCAAUGUUCGGCUCCCAGCCAGCUACUACCUUCAUCCACCCACUUACAGGGAAGGUUCUAGAUCCCUCAUCCCCACUUGGCCUGGCCCUAGCUGCCAGAGAGAGGGCCUUAAAGGAUGAUCGCAGAACACGCCGAGAGGAGAGACACUUUGGUCGUCAGCUGUCCACAGUAGGAGCGUUCCCCACUCCUGUUCAAACUCCAACUCCUUCCCUUUUUGCAACCCCCACACAAUCAGCCUACACUUCCCCAGUCCCCCUCCACCUAAGCUCCCCCACUGCCACCACCUCGCCUGCACCUAUGAGCCGGCCACAGUCACCUAGGAUAUUACGUUUGGGAGGAGGCGGGGAGAGGAUGGAGAGAGAAAAGGAGGGAGGACCCAGGGAGGGUCUUCGAGUUCGUUUCUCAGAGGAUAGAAACAGUCAGUAUUCAGCCCAGUAUUACCCACAAAGCCCCAGAGAGAGAGAUAGAGAAAAGGAGACGUACGACAGCAGAUCCGCUCCACCCAUACAGCCUCCUCCACCACCAGCUCAGCCUGCACCCCGCAGACCUUCCUUUCUGCAGAUGGAUAGCACCCCCAACAGCAGCUACAUCCCUCAGUACACUGUCCCCACGGCACCAGUGCAGGCACAUGAAGCUAUGGCAGAGGCAAGAGUCGGGGGUGGCGGAGGUCUAGGAUUGAUGGUUCUCCCUCCACCAGCUCCCUCAAUAGACGCAGAUGAUGAGUUUGUCUUCGCGGAUCCUUUGCCACCUCCUUUACAGUUUGCCAAUGGUAAGAACGAGAUAGGCAAGGAGUUUCACCAGCAGCAUCAACACCCAAGUCAACAAUCUGCUGCUGUUGCACCACCUCCUCCACCCCCUCUUCCAUCUCCCAAGCCCUCAAACGCCCCCCAACAAUCUUCGCAAGGUGGUGACUCUGCUGCUUCCAGCCUUACCUCCUAUGACAGUGAGGUAGCUAACCUCACACAGUCAGCUUUCUCUCCAUCUUUUCAGUCCCCACAGAUAUUUCCCCCUUCAUCCACCACCACCAUGACCUCUGCCGCUGCCGUGCCUGCUACGUCACUACACAGACCCCAACCCAUGUCCCAUUCUCACUCCUAUUACAGCAGCACUAACGAACCAAUGGUGGGUGGUCACAUCAUGACCCAGGACAGAGGCACAGCUGCCCUCACCACCACCAUGUCAUAUGCUACCACUACCAUGACGGCCACCGCCGCCGCCUCCACCACCACAACCUCUCCAGCAUCGUCUGACUACAACAUGACCAUGGCUGGGCCCAAGGCUGGCUUCAGUACAGGGAGCAAAGCUGCUGACUACACCCAUCACACUACUAUUAUACCCAAGAGCGGAGACUGGCAAGAUACUGUGGUGGAUUCUGGGAUUGAGGAGCUGGACAGUCACAGCAGUAGCGACCACCAUUUAGAAAUGCUGGGAUUGACAGGGCUGAGAGGAGAGAGGGGAGGGAUUGGAGGAGACGGACGAGGAGGAGAGGGAGAGAAAGGAGAUGAGCAUCAGGAUCCUUGCACAACCUACUCAGGUGGGCAAACAUUUGAGGUGCACAGCGCUAAACUGGCCAACCCUGUGUUUCCAAAGAUGACUCAUUACAAGGAGGGGGGAGGGAGAGUCCAGCCUGUAGCACUACGUAGGCAGAACAGCACCAACCCUGCUCCAUUGCAGUUGCAGAGACAAAGCAACCCAGAAGAUUCAAUGUUAGACGGAGCUUUUGUAGAUGAACGGAAGCGUAAACUGAGCCGAUCCAAAAUGGAGGACAACUUUAGCUCCACCCUAGCUGCCUGCUUAGAAAGGCCCAUGGACACCCGGUCGGUGGGCUGGAGUGAGGUUCUGGAGCAUGAGGAAGGCGGGGACGCAGUCCAGAGAGGUAGUAUUGCUUUGGAUGGGCGUAGGCUUAAUUCACCCCUUUCUGGUGUGAAGGCCAGCAUCAUCAAUGAGUUAAGCUCCAAGCUGCAACAGAUGGGUAGCAUGAAGAGCAUGGACGACUGGAGCCACACGCCCCAAUCACCCACCAUGCACAGGUGCUCAGCAGAUUUUACCGAUGCUUUUCACAGCCCCCCCAGUGGCCGCUCCACCUCGCCCUUACCCACCUCCUCCCCGCAGCACCGUCAGAUCCUCACACCCAAUCUGACAGCCACCCCUUCGGUCUCCCCUUCCCCUCAAGUUCCAGUUCAGCGCAAUUGGACCCGCUCCCCUUCUCCACAGAUGCCUACCUCCCCGGUUCACUCACACCCUCCCCAUUCACCAACCUACUGUCCAUACCCCACAUCACCAAAGCAUCGGUCAAAGAUGCGCAGACAGACUUUUGAUUUCCAGUGCAGCCCCACUAAAGAGAUGCGGUCUUCAGUCUCCCGGCGCCGUGCUCCCAGCCCUCUUAUCUAUAAAACUGAACAACCAAACCCCACCCCUCCCAGACCCUCCUCCCUCCCAAUCCUUCCUAGUACACCUGUAUACAAUAACCCCUUUGAGUUCCCUGGGCCCCUCACUCCUCCUUCUCCUGGCCUCCCUCUAGGAGACACCUACAAGACUUCAACACCUCCACUGUUCUCUCCAUCUGGUGUGCCAGGUCCAAACCCUCUACUCGUGUCCCGCUCUCUCUCCCCCACCCAUUUUCUCUCUGGAGCCACCUCCCCCAUGCACUUGCCCCCUAGCCCAUCCUGCCUCAACUAUCCCCAACUCACCCCUCCUCCGCCAGCCAAACCCUUUGCCGUCAAGCCUCUACCCUAUUGGACCAAGUACGACGUGGCUGACUGGCUGGCUUACUUAAAUCUGGGUGAACACAGAGAGCGUUUUAUAGACAAUGAAAUAGAUGGAUCUCAUCUGCCUUCACUUACCAAGGAUGACUUCUUGGACCUGGGAGUGACACGUGUGGGACAUCGAAUGAACAUCGAGAGGGCGCUGAAGAAACUCACUGACAGGCCGCUCUCCUCUCCUUUGCAUGUCACUACUUCUCCCCGAGACACAGACUGAGAGAGUGAUGGGGUGAUUCAAAGAUGAAAGAAAGGGGAGAGAAACAAAUUGACAAAGAUGAACAAUAACAGAAGAUGUGGAAGAGAAGAACAGUGGACAUCAACAGGUUGUGUUGAACUAAGACUAAGGGCUGGACAUGUGGGAAAAUAGUUGUCUUGAAAAUUUGUAAAUGUAGAGAAUAUUGUUGAAAUUUGUGAAAUGACUACUGGUGAAGAAACAGAG